GCAAUGUCCCUCCCCCAUUCCCUCAUGGCUUCUCUACUAGACGACCUCAACGCCCUGGAGGCUCUGGUUCACGAUGACCAGAAGCAUCUCCACCGACGCCUCAUUGUCAUGGGCGUCAUAUUCGUCAUCUCCCUCGUCGCUGUGUCGUUCCCUGGGAUAUCCAAGAGGUCGACGUAUCUACCGAUACCGAAGGUUGUUUUUUUCAUCGGGAAGCAUUUCGGCACCGGUGUCAUAUUAUCAACGGCGUUUUGCCACCUUUUGCAAGACUCGUUUGAAGCGUUGCAGAAUCCGCUGGUUGCACAAAGCUACGGAAAGGUUGGAGAUCAAUGUGCGUUGAUAAUAUUGGGCUCCCUUCUUUCAAUAUUCCUCAUUGAAUAUAUAUCUACUUCAUAUGUUGACCAUCUACACGCUGAGCCCUCUGAGCCUACCUCUCCAGUAACCAGAGUGACAUCAUUACCUCCAACUUCUGAACCGCAGCCUCUGAUAUGUGACGCUCCUCCAGAACCGUCACCUACUGAAGACACGCCACUGCUGUCGUCCUCAUCUCACUCCUCGCAUACUUCUGCAUCUCACCAACCCCAGCAUUACCUUUCUUCGAUAAUAACCAAUACCCCUAGGCAUCUUCGCAGCACUGAAUCAUACUACAUCAUCAACGAUCUUAAUUACCACGUAAAUCACGGCGAAUACCAGUUGAUAGGAGGCAGGGGAUCCUGCGUGUGCGUGUGCGUCUGUCCUGCGAGUGCUGAAGGCGAUAGACCUCCAGCGAAGAGCACCACAAGAAGCGGAACCGUGACGCCCAUUCACACUGUAGAUCUCGAAAAACCGCGCAUUGGACGGAGACGUCAAGUGGUGGGGAUUCUAGUUCUACAGCUCGGCAUUAUGAUUCAUUCGCUGGUAAUUGGUCUGACACUCUCGAUUACGCAUGGUGCUGAAUUCACUUCACUUGUAACAGCCAUCAUAUUCCAUCAACUCUUCGAGGGCCUGAGCCUGGGCAUCCGAAUCGCCGCGCUGCCACCAUCAUCACUAGUGCCUCGGUUACCAAUUCCCAACACCACAUCAACAUCGCAUUCAAAACCGCUUUUCUUUUCAGUCUUGGGCGCGGAGACCCGAUGGCAAGCUCUCCGGCGACACUGGCUCCCCCCCGUACUCUCUCUACUCUUUGCCGUCACGACACCCCUCGGGCUGGGCGGCGGCAUGCUGGCCUUCUCCGGAAACGUCAGCAAAUCGCAGAUGUUGCUCACGCAGGGCCUUAUGUCAGCCAUCUCCGCCGGAAUGCUUAUAUAUGCCGCGACCGUGGAGAUGAUUGCCGGCGAUUUCGUGUUUGGGAACCUCAACGGUCAUGAACAUGGGGGGCAUGAACAUGAACAUGGUGGAGAGGUGUUCGAGCAUGAGCACGAUGAGGAGGGGGGGCCAACGCCUGGGAGAAAAGUCCUGGCUGUCGUUAGCCUGCUUGCUGGAGUGCUGGGUAUGGGGCUUGUGGGGAUUGGGGAGUAACGACGACUCGGAACAUCUUAGAGAUAUUGUAUUUUAGUCAUCUGGAUUUGUAAUUUGGAAUAAUGCUCUUAUAGACUUGCUUCAGACUGAGACUGGGUGCUCUUGUCGUGAAAUGGAUACGGAA